GCCAAGGCUGGGAUAUAAAUACUCCCUUCUGAGAGGCCUGUGUCCUGCUCUUCUUUCCAUGUCAGCACUACAAACAGGCUGCUGUCACCAGGACAGGGUCCACCCCUAGAACAGCAAAAUGGUGAAUUGGGUGAAGAAAUUGGGAUCUGCUUCCUCCCCUACCUAUACUCUUUCUCUUCAUUCCAAUAUCCCCUUCAUUCAACACCUUCAAUGAAAUCUUCAGGCUACUUUCUGCCAUUUGCUCUGAAGAAGGAAUAACUGAAUGUGCUGCUCAGUCUUGGGGGAAAGGGAGAAGACAAUAACUGAACCAAAAAAUGAAUUUCUAACAAUAUUAUUUCAGGACCUUUUGUGGAGAUCUUCUGGCCCUGCCUAUUGGAAGAUUGCUAGAUUUCUAACAAUACCAUACUGCUAGCUUAUAUUACGUCUUUGGGUGUCAUCCUUCUCCAGGACAGCAAGGCUAUCAUAGUAUAUGAAGAAAUCAUCUUGACUCCUUUGACACACAAGAGUUUCUUCACUGACCACACUUUUAAACUCUACUUUGAUAUCAGUAGAGCAAUGCUGUCUGGUUCAAUCCUGGUGUCAGAGGCUAGAAGGUCUCCAAUAGUUCAAUGCUAGACAGAUUGACAUGAUCCAAUUUUACAUUUGAAUCUUUCUUAUCUGGUCACCGGACUCAUAACUACAUGUAGAAUUUACCGUAAGGUCUUCCACAGCUGGGUACUAAAGAGACACCUCCUUCUACACACACAUACACACACACACAGCUGGGUUAAACCUUUGGACAUCCUUCACCUACUCUGCAUGGAGUACUGCCAUCCUCAGCCACUAGGCCAUGUCCUCCAACCACACAAUGUCUCAACUUCCACCCUUUCUCCAGCUCGGGAUACCCUGGAGAGAAGAUAUUCACAAGUGGCUCUCUAUUCCCUUCUUCUUCCUCUACCUUGCAGCUGCUCUAGGCAAUGGUGCCAUUCUGGUGGCAGUAGCCCGGAAUCCAUCACUUCGUGAACCCAUGCAUUGUUUCCUCUCCAUGCUUGCUGUCACGGACCUGACAUUAUCAGGCACCACACUACCUACCACGUUAGGAUUGCUGUGGUUUGGUAUAAGUCAGGUGGCCUUUGAUGUCUGCUUGACCCAAAUGUUUUUCAUUCAUGUUGCCUCAGUAGCAGAGUCAUCAGUGCUGCUAGCAAUGGCAGUAGACCGAUGGGCUGCCAUUGCCUGUCCACUGCGGUAUUCUGCUCUCUUAACUCACAGAGUAGUUGCCAAGGUGGGACUAGCUGUGCUGGUCCGCUCAGCUCUCACCUUGCUACCCCUUCCAUUCUUGUUGCUCAGGCUGACUUAUAAUGAUCAGCGGAAGCUCACCCACUCUUUCUGCUUCCAUCCAGAUAUCAUGAAGCUGGCACAUAAUGAAACUGAGGUCAAUGUUCACUAUGGUCUCUUUGUUAUCUUGUCUACAGCUGGUAUUGACUCAGUCCUCAUUAUUCUCUCCUAUAUCCCUAUAGCAAGGGUAAUUCUGGGCCUUGGGUCAUGGGGAGAGAGAGUGCGGGCAGCAGGGACCUGUGUGAGCCAUGUGGCUGCUGUCCUAGUGUUUUUUGUGCCCAUGAUUGGACUUUCAGUCAUGCACCGUUUUGGGAGUCAUGGCCCAUUGCCUCUGGCCUUGGUGGCUUACACCUACCUCCUGGUGCCUCCUGCUCUCAACCCUGUCAUCUAUAGUAUCAAGUGUCAAUGCAUCUGGAAGACUCUGCUUAAGCUUUGCUUCUACCAGCCUGGAGCUCCCAGUUGGGGAUCAUCUCCUCAUCCCACCCACAUUGGAAAUAAAUCUCCCCCAAUUACCUGCUCCCAGAGAUACUCUGGUCAAAUAGUUCAAAUGGAGUCCCAACCCUUGGAGAGUUCCCAGUCUGAUGAAACAGUCAUUGGUCUAGUCUUUCAGGAUGCUCCAGUAUGAUGGGGGAUAUGUGAGCUAAAUCGAAUGUCAACAAAUAAAAUUCAAUCUAUUUCAAUACUAAAGAAAG